AGCUUCUGCAUCAUAUUUUCUACGGUUUCUUCCCUAAGGAGAAGGUUUUUUUUUCUCUUUAUAGGAGCAACCCAGACACGUGUGUAUGUGACAUGGAGGCAGCCUGGCUUCACUCCUGAAGAGAGUUUCCCAGUGGCGGAAGUGAGUUUGAAAUGCUUACCCUGGCUCUACCAUGAACAAACAGUUACCUGAAGGCAAGAUGACCCUGGAGUAUAGGAAUGUCUGCGUUCUGCUGCCCAACCGAGAUCAACUCAGGUUAAGCAUUGGGGUAAAAGCCACGGGAAGAGAGCUUUUCCAGCAGGUGUGUGACUUGUUGAGCAUCAAAGAACCCCACUUCUUUGGCCUGAGUGUUGUUCGAAACAAUGAAUACAUAUUCAUGGACCUAGAGCAAAAGCUCAGCAAAUACUUUCUGAAGGACUGGAAGAAAGAGAUAUAUAAAGGAAAUGAGAAGUCCAACCCGCCUUUUGUUGCCUUUUUCAGAGUGCAAUACUAUGUGGAAAAUGGGAGAAUUAUAAGUGACAAGGUCGCAAGACGUCUGUACUACCACCACCUCAAGGAGCAGGUGCUGAGGUCCCAAUGUACCCACAAGGAAGAAGUCUAUUUCCUGUUGGCUGCUUAUGGGCUGCAAGCAGACUUGGGCAACUACAGAGAGACCACCCAUGUGGGGAAAUAUUUUGAACCUCAUUCCUACUUCCCUCAGUGGAUUAUCACAAAGAGGGGGAGGGACUACAUCCUAAAACACGCUCCAGAGAUUCAUCGAGAGCAGCAGGGGAUGACCGCCAAGGAGGCCGUGUUGAAGUUCAUCAAGGAGUCCUGUCUGCUGGAAGAUGUGCCUGUUCAUUUUUUCAAGUUACAAAAGGAUAAGAAAGAAGAUCGACCAACAAUUGUCCUGGGUCUGACCCUAAAAGGAAUGCACAUUUAUCAGGAGGUAAACCAUUCUCGGCAGCUUCUCUAUGACUUCCCCUGGUCACAUGUCGGAAAGCUGGCAUUUCUUGGGAAAAAAUUUGAGAUCCAGCCAGAUGGUUUGCCUUCUGCUCGGAAACUGGUCUACUAUACUGGCUGUCCGUUCCGCUCCCGGCACUUACUCCUGUUACUCAGUAACAGCCAUCGGCUCUACCUCCAUGUCCAGCCAGUGCUGAAACAGAUCCGGCAGCUGGAGGAAGCAGAAGAGAAAAAGCGUUACCGGGAGUCAUACAUCAGUGACACUCUGGAGAUGGACCUCGACCAGUCAGACAAACACUCCCACGGGAGUGGCAGCAGCAGAGGCAGUGGUCGGAACCACCACCACCGGCUCUCCCACCGCUCAACAGAUAGCCAUGGCAGCUCCCACACCUCUGGCAUCGAGGCUGACUCCAGACACCGUGUAUCCGUGGAGAUGUCUGUGGACGAGCCCUUUGGCAUGGAGCUGGGCCAUGGUAAAGAGAAGUCCUGCAGCUCCACCACCAGCCACAGCAGCUCUGGCAUAGAUAGCAGCAGUAAAGGGAGAGCUGAGGAUGAGGUGGAGGUGAUGGUAGAUGGGCCAGAAGAAGUGACAAUAGAUGACCCAUUGGAGAAUAACCGAUUGGACAAGACAGCUGAAGGGGUGACUCCACUUACUGUUGGACUGCCUGGUUAUAAAGCCUCUCACCAGGAACCCUUUGCUGUGGUGCAGAUAACGCUGGUCAAGAUGAGGGGUCAGAGUGUCGAAGCCCUUAACCAGCUCAGAGAGAUCAAAGCCAGGGAGUACUCAGACCAGCACAGCCAGAGCCUGGAUGAUGUCCGCCUCUACCAGCAGCGGCAUCCACCCAUGAGCGCCAAUCUUUCUUCUCCCACAUCUCACAGCUACACUUUUGGCUGUGCCCUAGAGGACAAGCUGGCUACUUAUGGCUGUGUGUACUCUACGGCCGAUUGUAAGACCAAGUCUGCCCUCUAUGGGAAGAGGUCUAUGAACUGCCUCUCCCUGGAUCUUCUAGGGGAAGACCAGGUCCCAGAAGAAUUUGUAGUCUAAGCUAUGUUGCCACAGUGUGGAGGUGGUUUGUGGCAUGGUAGCCUGUGAGAGAAAAGAAGAGAGGUCACCUCAGGUCUUGUGGAUAACUGCAAAAACAAAUCUUCCUCACUGAGGGAGAGCGUGACGUGGUGCUCACCUUCGCCAAGACAACCAGAGUGCACGUGAUUCACAGAGCAAAUUUCUGGCACCAGUCCCUCCCUGACCUAGACAGCGCCCCAAUGGUUUAUUCCAAUUCCUUGGCAGCCUCCAGACUGCCAGGUGGAAGGAGCCAGGCGUACAAAAACCUUCCAUCUGGUGUCAGCAUUCAUCAGUAUCUUCUACAACGUUCCAGGAAAAGAGCAAAUCUCCAGCUGAACUUUAAAUGCCCUUUGUAUGUGGUGUAUUAGUGUUUUUCAGACAUGUUUUUGAGGUAACUGGGCAAUUUAAAUCAACAAUCGUUCAUUAAGCACCUAUAACAUACAAGACAUUAUACUAGGCACCGGGGCUAAAGACAAAAACUGAAACAGUCCUUGCCCAUUAGGAGCUUACCUUCUCCUGGACCAUAGUAAGUGCUUUGGAUUCAGUUGCAAUGGUGUUCUGGUCCUUCCAAAUACAUCAUGAAACCAAAUCCUAGGUCCCACUGGUAACAGAGUGGCUUCUUUCUCAAUUUCUCUCUCUCUUCUUGCCUCAUGACCAACCAAGGAGGGAAAAAGGUUUCCUAGGAGAAUCAAGAACUUUCCUCCUUGAGGAUACCUUUGAUUUAGUCUUUGGAAAGUGAGGGGGAAUGGAAGGGAGUGGCAGAAGGCAAGAAAUUGUCAACAAUGAUGAGUAUUAGGCUCAGAAUGAAGAGCCCUGGGGUCUGAGAGCUUCAGCUCUGUGCCCCUAACUCACUCAGGCCAGCCAGCUGGGUAGCUUCUGUACCACUGUUUCCUUAUCUACAAAGUGAUAAGAUUUUCCAUUUAAUGGCUCUAGAAGGUUGGCUGAGCUUGAAUGAAAAGAGUCCUACAAUUAUACAUUUAAAGCAUAACACAAGUUAGACUUCAAGAAUGUAUGUUUAUUUUGCAUGGAUCCUCUUCUCAAGAGAGUGGAAAGGUUGGUUACUCUCCACAGGAGGGGUCCCCAAUCAAACUUGGCUGUUGCUUAAUAGCAUGCAUCCUAGUGCUUGUUGCAGGAGGCUGCUCAGGCUUGGUGGUUCCUUUUCAAAUGACUGCUUUGAAACUCUAGCUGAUCACAAAUCUCUCAGUUUUCUGACAGGUCUAGCAUGCGUUAUGACAUCUAAAAAUUCCUCUGCCCACAUAUGCCAAUGCAAAGACAGGCAGGCAGAGUCCAGCAUCCAAUGAGCACUUUUUAUUCCACCAACAUCUGUCAGAUGACAUUGAUUGCACUUGAAUAUGCUUUUUAUGUUUGAGGACUUUGAGAGAUUAUUGGACAAGAAACCAGUGUAGCUCUUGACCAUAAAGUUAACCUCCUAGGAUUUUCUGAGUCUUGGUGUUUCCCUUUUAAAGUGGCAACAAGUCAAUGACAUCAAACUAGCUGUUCUUCUGAGUCUCCUAAACAGAAUAGUUCUUAAAUAGAGAAGCCUGUGUAACUUUGUUAGCAAUUAGUCCAGUCUGUGCAUCCAUCGUUCUAAUUACUGACUUCAUUUCUUUUUUCCCUCUGUUCUUUCUUUUCUCCAUUCCUUCUUUCCUCCCUUCCUCUGGCCUUCCCUUCCUCCCUUUCUCCCUCCCUUCCAACAAAUUUCUCAUGUGUUGAAACAAUAUAAAGUUACUUAUAAACCUACCCAACAUCCUGACAGUUUGUGAAAUGGGGACAGGCCUGUGGAAUUUUCAGCUUUGUAGUCAGUGGCCAGUGUCUUUUUAAGAAGUUAAUAAUAGGGGACUCCUGGGAAAUUCCAGCUGUCAUUCACCAACCAGUUUUGCCAUAGCCUCUGCUUUUCAGUAGAACAUCGAAUGAGUUUAGAGUCCUCAAGCUGGGGAAGCUGGCCUUUCUACAGCCACCAUUGCUGGCUCCGUAAAUGUAUAGACAAACUGAAUAAUCUCAUGUCUUCCCACUGCCUUCUUUUCCCUGCAAGACCUACUUACUCCUAAUUCAACACUGCCAUUUUUUUUCCUUUAAUUUAAAUGAGUUUAUCUCUAGGUCAAGUAGUUUGUUCACAGUCAUCUUUCUGGCUGUUGGAACUUGCAGUUGUUCAUGUGAUAGAAUUUCUUGGAAAACUUCAGUGAUCAGAUGUUACUGUCUAUGAAUGAUGAAUUUGCUUCCCUGAACUACAGUCACUAUCAAGGAAUUAGCUAACUAGGCAAUAACACACAGGUUAUCUAAUACAUGGCAGGAAUGGGGUGAGGGCCUGGCAGGCUGGAGGAAGGUAGUUAUUCCUUCUACUUUGGGGUUCAAUAUGGCACCAUCAAUCACGAGGCAUUAUAACUGUGCACGUAUGCAUACAGGGUCCCAGGGAUUCUCCUGCUAUUAAUUACUGUGCUCUUCCAGCCUCCCAGUAGCUUCAAAGGAAUGUACCCUUUCUCCUUCCUCGGUUCAUGAUAAAUAAGAAAACAUUCUCCUCUCUCCGACUCCCCUACAGGCUCUCCACUGAGAGUGAGUCAGACUUGGUUACAGGUGGCCUUGCUCCCCGUGUCAUCCAUCAACUUGUCGUCAUUUGGGUAUUUGCUGUGUAGGCCGUUAAAAGGCAUGGAUCAUUUUAAUAGACAGGCCUGUCUGCAUCACCUGAUGGGAAAGUGGAGUCUCGCAUUUGUUUGUGUGCUUUCUUGAAAAGAUAUUAUGGAAGAAGGUGGCUUUCUGUGUACUUACUCAUGGCUCCUUCAAAGGGCAGGAGCAGCAUGAAUUCCGCUGCCUGUCUUCAGAGCAGCCCCUUCUGCUCACUUCUAAGUGGAGCUUUGAUGAGGGAGUGCCGUACUAUGAGUUAUAUAGCAGGGAUUUCAUGCUGGUGGUCUGUGUAUAGUUUUUAUUUAUUUGUAAUUCCCCAUGGGCUGUUGUCCCCUCCCUUCGCAUCACCACAGAAAUACUCUCACCCCACCUGUACUUUGAACGAGGAAGAUAGUACUCAUUUUUUGUUUAGACAGAUCUGUUCUGUAUUUUAUUAUUUUAUAUUCCUAAAGUAUUAAUAUUGAAUCACUGUGAAACCAUUCUUAUGCAAGGUUUUUGUAACCACGGGAUGUUAUUAUCUUUAUUAGUGCUAGGUUUUGUAUCUUGAUUAUACCUGGUUCACACUGUUCAUAUUAAAGCUUUUUUCUGGGGGGAGGGGGUGGGCAGGGCAGACAUUUAAUACACAGUAUCCUGGAUGGCUUACACGGCUAUGCUGUCUUCACAGAGUUCUCUGUACUGGAAAGUGUUGCUUCUCCUUUCUGUGAAAGGAAUCUUUGUAUAUACCAUGCACGUGUAAUAAAGAAGUGAAAAAUG